CUUUGCCCAGUCCCCUUGCCACACCAAGUAUGUCAUCUCCUGCAUACUCGCCACCCUUGCCAGCUGGAGUGUCUCCACUUCCUCCUCCUAUGAUCACUUCAGCUUCUCUUCCACUUGUGCCUUCUGCAACAGUUUCUAGCGUUGCACCACCUGUAACUCCUGCCCCACCUCCUGUUACCCCUUCUUUUAGUACCUCCAUGUCCCAGUUCUCUGCAGCUCCUCCAUUAAGCUCUAUUACUGGCCCUGGUCUUCCUACACCUGCUGCUGGUCCCCCCAUUUCAGGAUUUUCCAUGUCUUCAACCUAUGACAUUACCAGAGGUCAUGCUGGUCGAGCACCUCAGAGCCCGCUGAUGCCAUCAUUUUCUGCACCUCCAGUCACAGGUGUUUUGGCAGAUCCUAUUACUCAACAAGCAACUUUCUCAUCAUCUUUGGCUCCUGGAACUGGUUCUGCAAUCACUUUUCCUGAGGAACAUGAAGACCCCAGAGUAUCUACUGCCCAAGGUGGAGCACCUGCUGGAGGACUGUGGGGGUUUAUAAAGGGUGUAGCUGAGAAUCCCAUGGUGAAGUCUGUUCUUGAUAAAACCAAACAUUCAGUGGAGACCAUGAUUACGACGCUGGAUCCUGGCAUGGUUCCCUAUAUCAAAACUGGGGGAGAACUGGACAUAGUGGUUACUUCUAAUAAAGAGGUAAAAGUCGCAGCAAUUCGAGAUGCCUUUCAAGAAGUCUUUGGAAUGGCCGUUGUUACUGGAGAGGCUGCACAGUCUAACAUUGCACCGCAACCUGUGGGCUAUGCUGCAGGUUUAAAAGGAGCCCAAGAAAGGAUAGACAGCUUGCGUCGAACAGGAGUAAUACAUGAAAAGCAGCCUGCUGUAUCAGUAGAAAACUUCAUUGAGGAAUUGCUUCCUGACAAGUGGUUUGACAUUGGAUGUUUGAUUAUUGAGGAUCCAAUUCAUGGAAUUCAUCUGGAAGCUUUUACCCAAGCAACACCAGUGCCUUUGCAUUUUUUUUGGUGAGCUAAGAGUCUCACUCCUCAGGACUACAGUCUGAGAUGGUCAGGCCUGUUAGUGACCGUGGGCGAAGUGCUUGAGAAGAGUAUACUGAACGUCAACAGGACUGAUUGGCACGUGGUAUUCACUGGCAUGUCCCGUCGACAGAUGAUCUACAGUGCAGCUAAGGCGCUAUUUGCAGUGUAUAAUAUGUUGAGUGCUACCCUUUUAUCCUCUGCUUACAGCAUCAUCGAUGAUGCAAAGGAAGCGGACAUGAAAUCAUCAGUAGGUUUGUGCCUUGGCCUGG